AUGAACCAUUCUCAGGUGACAGAAUUUGUCCUCCUGGGGCUCUCUCAGGUAUGGGAACUUCGGUUCCUCUUCUUCAUUGUCUUCUCUGUUGUGUAUCUUACGACCGUAACUGGAAAUCUCCUCAUUGUGGCCAUAGUAACCUCUGACUCACGCCUGCACACAACUAUGUACUUUCUCUUGGGCAAUCUUUCUUUCCUGGACUUUUGCUACUCUUCUAUCACUGCCCCUAAGAUGCUGGCUGACUUGCUCUCAGGCAACCCCAUCAUUUCCUUUGGUGGCUGCUUGACUCAGCUCUUCUUCUUCCACUUCAUUGGAGGCAUCAAGAUGGCUGUCAUGGCAUAUGACCGCUAUGUUGCCAUUUCUCAGCCCCUGCGCUAUACACUUAUUAUGAAUCGAGCAGUCUGUGGGCUCCUCAUGGCAGCCUCCUGGGUGGGGGGAUUCAUUCACUCCAUUGUACAAGUUGGACUGACUAUUCAGCUGCCGUUCUGUGGGCCUGACAAACUGGACAACUUUUACUGUGAUGUGCCUCAGCUGAUCAAAUUGGCCUGCACAGAUACAUUUGUCUUAGAGCUACUAAUGGUGUCUAACAAUGGCCUGGUGACUCUGGUGUGUUUUUUGGUGCUCUUGGUAUCCUACACAGCACUGCUAGUCAUGCUCCGAAGCCACUCAUGGGAGGGUCGCAAGAAGGCCUUAUCCACCUGUGCCUCCCAUAUUGCCGUGGUGACCUUAAUCUUUGUGCCUUGCAUUUACAUCUAUGCAAGGCCAUUUCGUACAUUCCCCAUGGACAAGGUUGUCUCUGUGUUGUACACAAUGGUCACUCCCAUGCUGAAUCCUGCCAUCUAUACCUUGAGAAACAAAGAAGUGAUCCUGGCCAUGAAGAAGCUGUGGAGAAGGCAAUAG